AUGGGUUCCCAGCCGUCCAAGACAGCGGUCGACGCAUCCAACGAAAAGGCCCUUCUCGAGCGCCUCCGCCGCUUCCAGGUGACCGACGACGACUUUGUCGACGUGGGCGAGUCCAGCAGCGAGAACGAGAAGCGCGAUGUCAGACUCACCCGUGAGCCCGAGGGCCUCCCCGUGCACCAGACGCAGUCCUGGCAAUCGCGGUUCCUCGCCGACCCCAAGAACAAGCUCGCCCUCACGGCCCUCAGCACAGCCGACCCCCGCACCGUCCUGACCUCCACGUCCACGAAGCUCGCCGACCCCCAGAUCUUCAACACCAGGAUCCCUUUCGAAGGCGCGCCGAUGACGAACCAGCGUUCGUCGGGGCGGUGCUGGCUCUUUGCCUCGACAAACGUCUUCCGCAUCGCCCUCAUGAAGCGCCACAACCUCGACUCCUUUGAGCUCUCCCAGUCCUACCUCUUCUUCUGGGACAAGCUCGAAAAGUCAAACUACUUCCUCGAGCAAAUCAUUGACACCGCCGGCGAGGACCUCGACGGCCGCCUCGUCCAGGCCCUGCUUGGCGACAUCGUGAGCGACGGCGGCCAGUGGGACAUGGUCUACAACCUCGUGCAAAAGUACGGCCUCGUCCCGCAGGCGCUGUACCCGGACUCGUGGAACGCCAUGAACUCUGGCGUGCUCAACACCAUUGUUAAGACCAAGCUACGCGAGUACGCCCUCGUCCUCCGCAAGCAGGUCCGCUCGGGCUCCGCCACGGCCCAGACGCUGUCGUCGACAAAGGACAAGAUGAUGCACGACAUCCUCUCCAUCCUCACCCUCGCCCUCGGCCCGCCGCCCAACCCGCGCGAGGACUUCACCUGGACGUUCCUCGACAAGAACGGCAAGCCGCACGAGCUCAAGACCACGCCCGCGGCGUUUGCCAGGGACAUUUACUCGCCCGAGCUGCGCGUCACCUCCUCCGUCAUCGACUCCAUGGUCUCCCUCGUCCACGACCCGCGCCACGAGCCGUUGACCCUCCUCACCGUCGACCGUCUCGGCAACAUCGUCGGCGGCCGCGGCGUCACCUACGUCAACGUCGACAUGGCGACCCUCAAGUCCGCUUGCGUGUCCAUGAUCAAGGCCGGCCUGCCCGUCUUCUUCGGCUCCGACGUCGGCAAGUUCAGCUCCUCCACCGCCGGCGUGAUGGACCUCGACCUCAUCGACUACGAGCUCGGCUUCGGCGUCUCGCUCCUCGGCAUGGACAAGGCGAGCCGCCUGCGGACCGGGGAGAGCGCCAUGACGCAUGCCAUGGUGCUGACGGCGGUGCACCUCGACGCCGAGGGCCGCAGCGUGAGGUGGAGGGUGCAGAACAGCUGGGGCGAGGGCGCGGGCGACAAGGGCUGGUUCGUCAUGAGCGACGCAUGGAUGGACGAGUUCGUCUACCAGGCCGUCGUCGACCCGCGGUUCCUGAGCAAGGAGGUCCGGGCCGUUAUUGGCACUGAGCCGACGGUGUUGCCGUUGUGGGAUCCCAUGGGCAGCUUGGCGUAG